GGCAGCGUCCAGGAUAAUGCAAAAUAUUAGAAGUGACUUUAAAGCACGCAGACAUUUCCACAGCCGAACCUUAUUCCCUACAAGGCACCCCACCCCCGCACCCGUCCCCGCUUUUUCUCUCUUUCCGCCUAUGCAGCAGUAAGGGGGAAAGGUGAGGAGCGCGCUUCUGUCUCCGGCGGCAGCCCUUCCUCUCAGGGCGCCCGCUUCAGCCACCGGCCGAGGUCCGUGUGCUUGCCUUGUGGUCUGACUGACUCUGAAGCGACGGAGGCGGGACCCGGAGGACGGUGGUCUCCUCCUCCUCCGCUCUUCCCCCUGGCCUGGCCUGGCUGUUCCCUCCCCUCCAAGCAGAAGAUGGCGGCGGAGCGGUGCGGUGGCAGCGGGAGCGAGACCCGACUCGGGGCGGGAUUGACGUGGGGCCUGAGAGAGCCAAGCCGCCCGCGGUAACUCGCUCGCCGUGCCGGACCUGGCAGGCCUGCAGGCGGGCAGCCCCCGCCAGACUCGGGAUUUCGUGCCGGCGGCGGGGGGCCCCCCUCAUGUUUCUUCGCCUCCGUCGCAGGGUUUAUGCAUGAAAUUUAUCUGCUUGGCUUGGCAACUCUGUUACUUGGAAGCAUUUCCUCAGCUACUUUAGCCUCUAUGAUUGAAAUAUCAGACAUCAGUUAAAAUGAAAAAUUCUGUGGUCUUGUGAGGGAAGGCAAUAAAGAGUGCUCAGCUAGACAUUGGACCACCCAAUUACAAGAAUCCAGUGGGAUGAGAAGAGGUAGUGAAUGUUGUGAGCCAAGAAUGAUAAGUUUAUAAGCUCUGUGCUAGCUGCUGAACAAAGGUGCUCUUGGAAAGUUGUGCUGAUCAAUGCUUUGACCUAUGUUUGAAGCAGUAUAACCUUGUACUCAUUGGAUUAUCCUGAGGAACUGUUCAAGAGUUUACCUUUUGAAGGUGGCCAUCAUGUGACUGGCAAGCCGGCUAGCUGAGGCAACUCUUCAGAUUGUGAAGACCCCCAUCUCCAAUGGCUGGCUGAUUUGUGACUGAAGCCAAGGAAUUAAUAAUUGUAUGAUCAUCCUCCUCCCAAGGACUCAUCUGAGCCAGAGGAGAAGCAGAUAAGGCAGCACGCAGAGGAGCAAUGGGACUUGAAAGCCAUGGUUACUUGAGAUAAAUGGCAGAUCUCUGGGAAUCUAGUCUUGUAGCUGCUUGCUUAAGCUUUAUCCCUCUCUGUAGCCCACAUUUCUUCUCUGUGAGCUACCAUUGGCUCUUCCAGUGGUGGCGUUGGAGACAUCAAAAACAGCUUGGUUUGUGCCAAGCUUGAGGAAGGGGUAAGCCCCCCGCCUCACCAUGAUUCAACUGUGGAAAGUGGUGAGGCAUGUGCGACAGCUAGAACUCCACAGAUUGAUUCUAUUGCUCAUUGCCUUUAGCCUGGUCUCCAUGUGUUUCCUGGCUUACUAUGUUACCAACAGCCCCAAAAUUAAGGAGCCACCCCCAUUGCCCUUUAGUGAUUGUAGCAGCCAGCACAGGAUUCUCAUCCAGCCUCAGGCCAGCUGGAGGCUUACAAAAUCAGUGGACAAUUCACGCACAGACCCUGUGGUGCUAGUCUUUGUGGAAAGCAUUUAUUCUCAAUUGGGUCAGGAGAUUGUGGCUAUCUUGGAAUCCAGCCGGUUUAAAUAUAGGACAGAGAUUGCCCCUGGAAAGGGGGAUAUGCCCACUUUGACUGACAAGGAUCAUGGCCGCUAUGCUCUUAUUAUCUAUGAGAACAUCCUUAAAUAUGUGAACCUGGAUACCUGGAACAGGGACCUGUUGGACAAAUACUGUGUUGAAUAUGGAGUGGGAAUCAUUGGUUUCUUCAAGGCAAAUGAGAACAGCUUGCUUAGUGCUCAGCUCAAGGGUUUCCCCCUCUUCCUACAUUCCAACCUGGGAUUGCGAGACUAUCACAUCAACCCCAGUGCCCCACUGCUGUAUGUGACCCAAGCUAAUGAGGUGGAGCAGGGCCCUUUGCCUGGCGAUGAUUGGACAGUGUUCCAGUCAAAUCAUACCACCUACGAACCUGUGUUGAUGGCCAGCACCAAGUCAUCAGAGUCGAUCCCUCACCUGACCACCCACAGAGCUCUGCAUGCUACAGUGGUGCAGGAUCUUGGUCUGCAUGAUGGCAUCCAACGGGUCCUCUUUGGUAAUAACCUCAACUUCUGGCUGCAUAAGCUCAUCUUUGUUGAUGCCAUUGCUUACCUGACUGGCAAGCGUCUUUGUCUGACCCUCGACCGCUACAUCCUUGUGGAUAUUGAUGAUAUCUUUGUGGGCAAAGAGGGCACACGCAUGAAAGUGUCCGAUGUAGAGGCUCUGCUGAACACCCAGAACAAGUUAAGGACUUUAGUUCCCAAUUUCACUUUCAACCUGGGAUUCUCUGGGAAAUUCUACCACACAGGUACAGAUGAGGAAGAUGAAGGGGAUGACAUGCUGCUGAAGCACAGGAAGGAGUUCUGGUGGUUCCCUCACAUGUGGAGCCACAUGCAGCCACACCUCUUUCACAAUGUUACGGUUCUGGCUGAGCAAAUGAAACUCAACAAGCAGUUUGCUCUGCACACUGCUAGUAAAGAAGUGAAUAAACAGAUCUUAAAACGUGUGUUCUGCUUCCAGGAACAUGGGAUACCCACAGAUUUGGGUUAUGCAGUAGCCCCUCACCACUCAGGGGUUUAUCCUGUCCAUGCACAGCUCUAUGAGGCAUGGAAAGCUGUCUGGAGCAUCCAGGUGACUAGCACAGAGGAAUAUCCCCACCUUCGACCUGCCCGGUACCGACGAGGAUUCAUCCAUAAUGGGAUCAUGGUGCUGCCUCGACAGACUUGCGGUCUUUUCACUCACACCAUCUUCUAUAAUGAAUAUCCUGGUGGCUCCAAAGAGCUAGACAAAAGCAUCCGUGGUGGUGAACUCUUCCUGACAGUUCUCCUGAACCCAAUCAGCAUCUUCAUGACUCACUUGUCCAACUAUGGGAAUGACCGGCUGGGGCUCUACACUUUUGAAAGCCUAGUCAAAUUCGUGCAGUGCUGGACCAACCUUCGUCUUCAGACACUGCCUCCCAUCCAGCUGGCCAAGAAGUAUUUUGAAAUAUUUUCACAGGAGAAGAACCCUCUAUGGCAGAAUCCUUGCGAUGACAAGAGGCAUAAGGAUAUCUGGUCCAAAGAGAAAACGUGUGACCGGCUUCCUAAGUUCCUCAUUGUUGGACCGCAGAAGACUGGCACCACCGCUGUGCACUUCUUCUUGUCCAUGCAUCCAGCUGUUACCAGUAACUUCCCAAGUCCUUCCACUUAUGAAGAGAUCCAGUUCUUUAACGGCCCCAACUAUCACAAAGGAAUUGAUUGGUACAUGGAGUUCUUUCCCAUCCCCUCCAAUGCCAGCACAGACUUUAUGUUUGAGAAAAGUGCCAAUUACUUUGAUACUGAAGUAGUACCCAAGCGGAGUGCAGCUCUCCUUCCACGGGCCAAAAUCAUCACCAUCCUGAUCAAUCCAGUGAACCGAGCCUACUCCUGGUAUCAGCACCAGCGUGCUCACAAUGACCCCGUGGCACUCAACUACACCUUCUACAAGAUUAUUUCAGCUGGGCCUCAAGCCCCUCAAGAGCUGCACAACCUGCAAAACCGGUGUCUGAACCCUGGAUUGUAUUCCACUCAUUUAGAAAGGUGGUUGACAUAUUAUCCUUCUGGGCAGGUUCUCAUUGUGGAUGGACAGGAACUUCGACACAGUCCCACCUCCAUCAUGGAAAACAUCCAAAGAUUUUUGGGGGUCACACCACUCUUCAACUACACCCAAGCACUCAAGUUUGAUGAAGCAAAAGGAUUUUGGUGCCAGGUGCUGGAAGGAGGGAAGACCAAGUGCCUGGGGAAGAGUAAAGGAAGAAAAUAUCCAGACAUGGAUUCCUCAUCCCGCAUGUUCCUGGCAGAUUUCUAUCGGGAGCACAACAUUGAACUAUCCAAGCUGAUGAACAAGCUUGGGCAGCCACUUCCCACAUGGCUCCGAGAGGAACUGCAGAAUUCUAGCUGGAGCUGAAGCUGGGGGCACUACCCCACCCCCAGUCCUGCCAGAUGCAUGGAUGUGGAAACCACUGGAAAAACACCCACCCACCCACUGCCAUCUCUUCUCAAUCAAAAAGAACCAGAGGAAGGAGCAGGAAGCACGCUGGUCCAAGUGUGGACCCUGCACCUUCAAGUAUUAAUGGUUUGUUACAAACAUUUUGGGAAGCACCCCAGAUAAAAUUGCACAAGGUAUUGUGUAGUAGUCAUACCCACUCAAAAAAAAAAAAAAAUCUAAGAUGACUGACAUAGGAAUGCAUGUGGGCUGUAACUCCCCAUGUAGGAAAGCCCUUCACAGACUCCACAAAGAACAAAAGCAUGCAAAUGUCUAGGCUACUGGGACACUCCUUAUUAAUGUCCAAAAUGCUCAGGAUGCUAACAAGUGAAUGUCUUACUAUUGUGACUGCUCCCUUGUGUAGUUCUUAGAAUGAUAUUUCCAGCGUUGUAAGUGAUGGACAGCAAAUUGCAUUUCCCAGAUUGCAGCCACGGUUGUUCCAAUAAUACUAUCCAAGUGCGGGGGGUGGGUGGGGGGUGGAUUUUGUACCUCUGCCACGCACAAGCUGAGGGAAGUCGCCACAUUCAUGGGCUAUGAAAAAAGCAUUGUUCACUUGUAACUAGUCACAGCAGUCUUAAUUUCCAGCUAGGCAUGAGAGGAUAUUUCACAUCUGUCUCUUGGCUGGACAGCUGUCUGUUCUUGUGCAUUGGGGCUUUUAGAGGUUCCCUUUUCUGUUUUUUACAAUGGCAUGGAGAAGAUGGGUGAGACAGAAUAUGGAUCAGUCACUGAUGGGUCAGUUCACCCAUUUUGCCUGCUGUGCUGGUGGGUCUCAGCAGGAGCUGAUAAUCUAACCUCAUCAUUUCCUUAUUGCAACCACUACACCAUGUGAGUGAAACAGCAGCAGUCCUGCCCAUCCUUCCAAACAUGCCUUAUGUAGAGUGGUCCAGCAACUGCUCAAGAUAAGUGCCAGGCUCAUUGGGGGAUAUGUAGCAGCUGGUUAUGGCAGGAAAACUCCUUGGGACAAUUGGUGUAACUUGGUGUCCCCCUUCUAACAAGGAGAGAAACUAUUUCAGCCAAGCGUAUACAUUGAGCCUUAGUUAUUGUGUAUUUUUAAUGGUGAAUUUACCAUUGUCUGUAAAUAUAUAGUAUGGACUAUAUAAUAUUCCAUUCAAUGUGUCCCCAAGCAGGGCAACUUUGCAGCCAAAAGUGAACGAACAAAACUAAAACCCUGUGGUUGAAGAAAGGAGCAAGUGCUGCGCUUCCUGCACUGGAUUAAUGUAUAGUGUCAUUCACAUUGAAUGAUAAGGAUAAAUUCUUGGCUCUCGCAGUUGAGCACACUGUCUAAAUAAAGGUUAGACACAGCAUUGGGAGUCAAUAAAUGUACUACUUUCUCUGUG